AUGGCGACCGACUCCUCAAUUUCAUCCGCUGAAAAGCGCGAUGAUCUCAUUCCCUCGACCGAGAAACACGAUGAUUUGAUUCCUUCGACCGAAAAGCGAGAGCUAACGGAGGAAGACGCGUACGAUGUGCUAGGCUACUGCUGGCCUCGCUGGAAGAAAUGGACCUACCUCGCUGCUGUCGCUUUCGUCCAGGUGUCCAUGAACUUCAACACCUCGGUCUAUCCCAAUGCUGUCAAGCCCCUCGCAGCAGCAUUCGAUAUUAGCGAACAGCAUGCCCGGACUGGUCAAAUGGCCUACCUGGUCACCUACUCCAUUGGUUGCGAGUUGUGGGCACCAUGGAGUGAAGAAUUCGGUCGCUGGCCCAUUCUCCAGCUCUCCAUGUUCCUGAUCAACAUCUGGCAAAUCCCUGCUGGUUUAGCACCCAAUUGGGGUACUAUUGUUGUGGCGCGUGCAUUGGGUGGACUCUCGACCGCCGGUGGUAGUGUGACUCUUGGUCUCAUUGCCGAUAUUUACGAACCCGAUAAUCAACAGUUCCCACUGGCCUUCAUUGUUCUUUCGUCCUGCAUUGGUACCAGUAUUGGUGGUGUGAUUGGUGGCCCAAUCCAGCGAUUCCUCACCUGGAAAUGGUUCUUCUGGAUCCAGCUCAUCUUCGGCGGUGUCACUCAGGCAAUUAUCUUCUUUAUGCCCGAAAGUCGAUCGACCAUCCUCCUGGAUAGGGAGGCUAAGCGUCGUCGUAAAAGUGGCGAAGAUCCGAACGUGUACGGACCGAACGAACUCAAGAACCCCCGUGUGUCCCUCAAGGAGGCUGGCAAGAUUUGGUGGCGACCCUUCCGCAUGCUCUUGACCGAGCCCAUCGUCUUCUGUCUGUCACUGCUGUCUGGAUUCUCCGAUGCCCUGAUCUUCACAUUCCUGGAGAGCUUCGCUAUCGUGUACGAGCAGGGAUGGGGCUUCGGUAUUCUUGCACAGGCCUGGGCUAUCAUUCCCAUUAACCUUGCCUACUUCAUCGCGUACUUCACAUACUUCCCUUGGUUCUGGCGAGAUGAGAAAAUCAGAAGGACCAAGGGCAAUGAUGCACUGGCACCUGAGCGUCGCAUGAAAUGGCUCCUGUUCCUGGCACCGUUCGAGCCGAUCGGGCUGUUCGGUUUUGCCUGGACUUCUUUUGGUAAAGAGCGUGGAAUUCCCUGGAUUGCAUCCAUGAUCUUCUCUACCAUGGUUGGUAUCGCAAAUUACGCGAUUUACCUGUCUUCGGUCGACUACAUGAUCGCUGCCUAUGGUCCCUACUCGGCGUCUGCUUGCGGUGGUAACGCCUUCGCUCGUGAUCUCCUCGCUGGUAUAUCAGCCAUGUACGCAACACCCAUGUACAACAACAUCGGAAGCAAGUGGCAUGUUGAGUAUGCCAGUACCGUCCUGGCCUGUCUGUCUUGUGUUGUCGUUGCCCCCAUCUACGUGUUCUACUGGAAGGGUCCUCAGAUUCGCGAAAGGAGUAAGUUUGCUUCUGCACUUGCUGAGGAUCGCAAGCAGAAUGAGGGUCGCAGGGUCAGCAAGGCUGCUCCCGAGCAGCUGCCAGAGAAUGCCUAA